AUGGCGCAUCACUUGAUCUUGCAUGAAUUAUUGGACUCUUCUGAUGAAGAAAUUAUAAAUAUAGUGCCAUCAUUUGCACCUAUUUUGCAUGAUGAUGAUGAUGGUGCUAUUGAUGGUUCUCACAUUAGAAUAGACAAACCUAUGAAAGAUCCCGAUUCUUAUAUUAAUCGGAAACAAUAUUAUUCUAUUCAUAUGCUAGGAACAGUUAAUCAUAAUAUGAAAUUUAUAGAUGUAUUUAUUGGAUAUCCAGGUUCUGUUCAUGAUGCAAGAGUUUUUCGAAAUUCAACAAUACGUAAUGAUCUACAUGAACUUUGUGGAGAUAAUUAUUAUUUCUUAGGCGAUAGUGCUUAUCCUUGUUUGAAACAACUGAUUGUUCCAUAUAAAGAUAAUGGACAUUUGACACGUGCACAAAGGAUAUUCAACCAGCAAUUAAAUUCAUGCAGAGUUAUUAUCGAAAAUGCAUUUGGAUGUCUCAAGCAAAGAUUUCGUCAAUUAUAUCAUUUCAAAUUGCGAGAUAUAGUACGAAUGGUGCGUGUCAUACACGCAUGUUGUGUAUUGCAUAAUAUAGCUAAUUUACAAGAAUUAGAAUACUUUU